AUGCAAAUACAUCAACUUCUCGAAAAUAUUGCAGCGAUUGAAAGAGCCAAUAAUGGGAUUUCGUAUAUAGAUGAGUUUGCACCGUAUGAUAAAGGUGAGACUGCAGAGAAUGACAUGCUUAUGGAACAACAAAAGGCAGCUGAAGCUCUGAACACUACAAAUGCAGAGAUAGACAACAUGAAGAGGCCGUUAAAGUUGUCUUAUGACCGUAACAUGAGCCAAAAGGCACAGCUGGUGGAGAGCGUGCUAAGAAAUUCCUUGAGGUCAGCUAGAUAUCACGGUUCGAUGUCAUCAUGCAACAUCCUAUGA